AUGGCGUCGAGCAGCAACGACGACGACGACGGCCAAGGCUACAGCGAUUUUGACGAGGAGGAUGCGCUGAUCGAGCUAGACUCUGACGAUGAAAUCUCGCCGGCGGUGAAGCAGAACUACCAAGUGCUCACCGAGGACGCCGUGCGCAAGAUCCAGGAGGACCGCAUCGCCACUGUCGCCGACCUGAUCCAGGUCCCGCCGUCGUUCGCGGCACUUGUUCUGCGGCACUGCAACUGGAGCUCCAUGGUGGUCCAGGACAGGUGGUUCUCGGAUGAGAGGCGCGUCCGCGAAGCCGUCGGCCUGCCUUCCAGCGGCGUCCCCGUGGCGGUCAAGCGCAACGACGUGCCGCUAACCUGCGCCCUGUGCUUCGACGAAUACUCUCCCGGCCAGAUGAGAUCUGCGGGGUGCGCCCACUUCUACUGCCGCGCGUGCUGGCGCGGGUACCUCCACGCGGCGGUGGAGGACGGGACCCGGUGCCUGUCGCUGCGGUGCCCGGACCCGUCCUGCUCGGCGCCCGUUGUCCGGGACCUGUACGAUGUCGCCGACGAGGAGGACAGGGGCCGGUACGAUCGGUUCGCGCUCCGGUCGUUCGUGGAGGAGAGCAAGAGGAUGCGGUGGUGCCCCUCGCCCCGCGGCUGCGCCCUCGCCGUGGAGUACCUGGACGGGGAGCGGUGCAGCGAGACGCUCGACGUGGUGUGCACGUGCGGCCACGGCUUCUGCAUCCUCUGCGCCGAGGAGGCUCACCGGCCGGUGACGUGCGGCACGGUGCGCGAGUGGAUGGCCAAGAAUAGCUCGGAGUCGGAGACCACCAACUGGGUGCUGGCCAACGCCAAGCACUGCCCCAAGUGCCGCCGCCCCAUCGAGAAGAGCAGCGGCUGCAACCACAUGACGUGCAGCAGCCCCUGCCACCAUCAGUUCUGCUGGCUCUGCCUCGGCGACUGGAGAUCCCACGAGGCCGGAAUCUACAAGUGCCACCGCUACGUCGACGUCGACGACGCCGACCACCGGCGCGAGCAGGCCCAGGCGUCCCUCGACAGGUACCUGCACUACUACGAGCGCUGGGCCGCGCACGAGCUGUCGCGCCAGAGGGCGCGCGACGACAUGUUCGAGCUCGAGAGCGCCCUGGCCGCCUGCGGUGAACACGCCGAAGAGGCGCACGCGCAGAUCGGUUUCCUCAUGGACGCCUACAUGCAGAUCCUCGAGGGCCGCCGGAUGCUACGCUGGACCUACGCCUACGGCUUCUAUGCCAAGGGGGCCAAGCUCACCCUGCUCGAGUGUCUCCAGGGCGAAGCCGAAGCGUCGCUCGAGCGCCUGCACGGCUUCGCCGAGCUGGAGCGCAACUCCGCCGAGAUGGACUUCGACGGCGGCGUCUCCUACUUUAAGAAGCUUGCCAAGCUCACUAAACAGGCCGCCAACUAUUUUGAGAGCAUGGCAGAAGCUUUCCAAACCGAUCUUGCAUAG